AUGCUAAACGAUGUCUGUUUGCAGCGACAUUCCCGAGCAAUCAGUCCGUUCACAGAUCCGGUUGGAAAAAGGCUGAUCACAACGGUGGAUCGUUCACGUGAUAUGCCGAAGCGAUAUUUCGAUGCGCUGGCCGGUCAGUCACUGGGUAAACGUUCCGACAAUGAACUGUACGAAUCGUUCUCAAUCCCCACUGACCCUCAGUUUUAUGACAUCUGA